AAAAGGUACCACGAACCUCCUAAAACUCCCAAACUUUUCCUCGUCCCCUUCGGAAGGGGCGCCGAGCACUAGGCCUAACCGACCGAUUUCCGCAAAAGAACACAUCCGCAUACCAGUGUGACCGCAAUAAGCCAUAACAAAGGGGUGAUCCCGCGCCACACACCGACUCGACACCGAACUUGGGGUGGCAGUUCUGCGGCCGAUCGCACGUCCUCGGGCCCCACCUACGCCCGCGACGACUGGUUUUUAGGCCUACCGCUACGUCGACUGACAUAUCGCGCCCGCGUCUCCGCGAAAGCGAUGACUCGCUAGGCUUGGAAUCUUUCCGAGUGAUGCUCUAGGGUUCGCGGAAAUCGAAAGAUGCUUCUGGGACGGCCGCUCAGUUCGCGUGUUGUUGGCCAACCGUCAGCGGCUUCGAGAUGCCGUUCCGCCUCAAACUCAAGAAGAGCAAGCACUACAGCGUGGUGUCGAAGAGCCUCUGCGUCAUCGCCGUCAAACUCCUCGAAAACUCCACCGUGGAAUGCAUCGUGUCGUCUCGCACCGUCGGAAAGGAGUGUCUUCAGAAUGUGUGUCAGCGACUGCAGAUCCUCCAACCCGAAUACUUCGGGCUGCGCUACCCGUCCAAAGACGGCGUCCUCCGCUGGGUGGAUUUGGACCGGCCUCUCAAGAAACAACUCGACAAAUACGCCCGGGAGUGUUGCCUUUACCUCGGUGUCAUGUUCUACGUGUUCAACGUCGAUCGGCUGCACAACGAUGUGACUCGGUACUACUACUUCUCGCACCUCAAGUCGGACGUGAUCGAGGGCAAGCUCGCCUGCACGCGGGAUGAAGCUAUUCAGCUAGCGAGCUACAGCCUCCAGGCAGAGUUUGGCGACCACAGACCGGAACAUCACACCUCCGACUACCUCAAGAACUUCGUGCUCCUCCCCAAGUCUGUAGCAGGCGGAGAGGAAAACCAGGAGGCGCUGCUGGAACAGAUCAUCCAGGCCCACCGUAGCCUGCAAGGGAUUCACCACUCCCUCGCGGAACUGUACUACAUCAUCGCGGUACAGGGGCUUGAAGGGUACGGUGAAGAGCUUUUUGACGUCAAGGAUGCCGCGGGGAACGAGACUGUGCUGGGGGUGUCGGUGGAAGGCGUCACGGCACGGUACAAUCGUGGCGGUACGGCAAAUGAGACGGCUUCGUACCGCUGGAGCGAGAUUGUGGACUUGAUUCACCACAAGAAGAGUUUCAAGAUCGAGGGGCGGGAAAAUGGCCGGUCGGCCCAGUUCCAGCUGGAGGACGUUCCGACUGCAAAGUACAUCUGGAAGAUGUGUGUCCAGCAGCACAAGUUCUUCAUGAGCAUGCAGGAGACACGCGAGACUGGCGGCGGCGGAAAUAACAACAGUGGCAGUGGCGGCGAGAGCUUCAAGUGGACUGCAGGGUCGGAGGUCGGAAGCAACAGUCAACUGACGGACGUCGGCGAGAGCAGGGAGUCUCUGGAUGAGCUCGGAGUCUACCACACGGAGACGCAGAACAGCGUCAACUAUCCGCUCCGACAGGAUUCGGAAGAGCGGUCGGAGCAUUUGGAGCCCGAGCAGAAUGACCUAAACCGCUGUGUUUCGUCCGCGACGCAUCUGGCUGCGGGCGACGCCACGGAGCAGACGACUGACGAGCGGGGCACCAUUGGAGUUGAUGUCGGCUUUGCUGCGACUGCCUCGACAAAUUCGGACAGUCAGGCAAACAGCGUGCACCAUUCAUACGCAAACAUACCACAGCCUUCGGACAGUAUGGCGGACCUAAGGCGCGCCAUGUUGCCGUCGUACCGGCAGGCGCCAGACUACGAAACUGCCGUCCUUACGAAGUAUGGCGUCACCAGCUGCAGCCUCAACGACCUGUCAACGGAACAAGUCCAGGACAAGCCUGUCUUCCAGCAUCCCAACGGAAUGGACAAUGUGUCACGGUCCUGCAACCCGCUCCUUCCCCCCCUCUCGUACUCGCAGUACGGAAACUUUGCCGACUUGACCGAGCUCGGAGACUCAAUGUCGUUCGGCGACCUCUCCAACAACAACCGGGUUGAUGGGGUGGCACAUGGGCGCCCGCUUCUUGCACCGCCAUUGCACACAUACAGCACGCCGGAGCUCACCUCCCAGGGGCUGUCUUAUGAGAUGAACCCCGCGCAGCUCUUUGCGAACCUCAACUACCAGCACAAACCGCCCCCGCCGUACCCCUACAGCCAGCGGCCGACAGCGAGCACGCCGGACUUGACACGAAAUCACUCCCACCUCCUGCAAGUGAGCACCAGCCCUGACCUGGUUUCGCGGCGGCACCUGACACCGAAUCCGACGCAGGGAUCUGAGCCAAGCCUAGCCCAGUACCAGUGGGUCAACGGACGUGCGGUGGAAGAUGUGAAGCCGGUCCUGCCAACGUAUGUUCCUGUUGGGGAGUCGUGGAAUGCGCAAGUAUCCGGAGUCGUGCAGCCGCAGAGGAUCCAGGUGUUUGUCAGUUCGUCUCCGGUUCCCGCCACCGAGCAGACAGCGGUGAAACCGAGCAACCCUCCGCCCCUGCCUGAGAGGCAGACGAGCGAAGAGGAGUCAUCUGCAACGCGGCCGGUCGGACCAAUGAUGCUGGCUGCGAUGAACGGUCUGACGUUGACCCUGUCCCGCCCCGACUCCCUUUCGAUGCAAAGCACCGAUGCGCCCGUACCGGAGUGUCCCCCGUCCCCCCGCGACCAGCGUCCCGACAGCGUCCUGGAAAGCCGGCUGGAAGAUGGGCAGGUCUUCCUGGAGUUUGAGAACAUUGCUAAGCGCAAACCAAAUGCCGACUUCAGCACGGCCCUGCUCUUAGAAAACAUACCGCGCAACCGGUUCAGCGACGUCCUCCCCUACGAAGAGAACAGGGUGCGUCUCACGCCAUCCGCAGACAACCGAACAGGCUACAUCAACGCCUCGCACGUCUCGGCGAGCGUGGGCGAUAGCCAGCGCUUCUACAUUGCGGCGCAGGGUCCCAUGCAGACGACCGCCAAGAGCUUCUGGCAGAUGGUCUGGGAGAACCAUGUGGGCGUCGUGGUCAUGCUUACUGACACCGAAGACGACCAAGGCCAUGAAAAGUGCUAUCAGUACUGGCCGCAGGCCAACGGCGAGGAGGCGGCCCUUUCGUUUGGAGAAUACCGGGUGGUCAGAAAAAGUGCUGUGUCAUCAGCUGUUGCCGUGACGACCUGUCUGGUACUGAGCAGGACGCAGGGGGUGUCUUGCACGCAUCGUAAUGUGUGGCAUCUUCGCUACACCGACUGGCCAGACCAUGGUACUCCAGGAGACGUCCAGGGGUUCCUCGGGUUCAUGGAAGAAGUGGACUCUGUCCGCCGCCUGGCCCUGAACGACCAGCGGCUGAGGACGAGGAAUGCUCCGACGGUCGUUCACUGCACGGCCGGCGUCGGUCGCUCGGGCGUGGUGAUCCUCUGCGACAUUCUGCUCUUCUGCCUCGACCACAAUGUGCCUGUGGACCUGCCACGUGUGUUGACACUGGUCAGGAUGCAGCGGAUGCUGAGUGUGCAGACUCUGGCACAGUACAAGUUUGUGCACCAGGUGCUCAUACGAUACCUACGGAACUCCCGCCUCAUCUAGACUGCACCUCAGUUUUACCGAUCCUUGAGAGAGAAUUGCAUAAUCUGGAUGGUAACAUGUGACCCGUCUGCUAGUUCCUGGUGAGCAGACGGCAAUGCUAAAACUAGUUUUAGCAUUUGCUAGUGUUUACAGCACAUAGGGCGACGGCUGAAAACCAGAUGACAAUGCUUAUGGUUCAUCGAGGACAUCUACUAGUGCCUGAUAACUGGACAACAAAACAAAGUUCCUCUAGCCAUCUGCUUGGACCUGCAGAAACCAAGGCUCUAAUUCUGCCCAGCUACUGCUUGAAGAACAGUCAGUGAAGAAGCCGACACUUCUUCCAAUCGUGUGUUAGUGCCUGGAAAAGACGACAGCGGGGCUGAGAGCUCUGGUUCCCUACUUGUGCCUGCAAACUAGAUCCGGAGGUUUCACCUGGCCGUCUGCUAACGUUUGUGAAGCAGACGAUAAAGCAAGAUAGAUGAUCUGCUUUGCUGUUUUUGUUUUUUUCUGAUGCCUUUUUUGGUAGAUAACCACUCCAAAAAUUUGUUAUGCUCGUUGAAAACAUGGGAGUGUUGACCUUGGGGUGCACAUGCAACUUGGGGUGCACAUGCAACUUGAGUUGCCUAUCGAGUAUACAAUUGUGAUUGUAGGCUAAUUCAAAGAGAAAUUGUCUGCUAAGUACAAAAGUGAAGACAAAUGUAGGCUGCCGUCUGCUACCUCUUUCUGGUUGAUAUAGCGGCCUUUCUUUGGCGCCUUUACCCUGUGCUGAAGGACGGUUUAGAGUUACUAAGUGCAAGAGCUCAUUCUACAGCUCAUCCAACAGCUUACGGACUUUUUACCUAUUUAAAAUUAGCCGUGGAAUGUUGGGUUUGUCAGUUGCAGCUUGAGGCAGGUAUUUACGCUGUGCAACUAUACAUCCGUGGAGUAGGACGCACAUCACUUGCAAAUAACCAUCACGUCUCUGAAAAGACAAGGGCUUGUUUUUGUCAUUGUUUACUUGCCAUAUUUUCUGUGUAACUUGUGCAGCUAUGCGGUUAACUUAUUGUUAUUCAGAACUCCGAAACAGUAUUGACUGUUACCUAGAGUUGUCAGGUAAUUGAGAUUGGACGUGCCUUGUUCGAUGCCGUCCGAAAAGCAUUGUCCCUGUUGAAGGUCAUUUGAAGGUCAUGAACAAUGCCAUAUAGAUGUCGGCAAAUGCCUAGCUAUUUUUGGAACUUUUUCCAAAGAAUGUUUCGUCAUGGGCCCCUUAUUGUUCACAGAAUUUAAUAAACAGUCAUGACUUUUAACAAAUAA